GUAUCGUGGUAGGGAGGAAUGUUAAACGUCACUUAACUAUCUCUCUUUUUCAUAGACUGACUGUAUCUCGCUAUCCUCGUCGUUCGAAAUUGUCAACGCGUCGAUUCCGCCCCCUGAUAACUCUCCGCCAAUCACGUAAAUCCACGACGCAGUUUCUCGAACGUACAGUACAAAUCGAGCUUCUAAUCAUGAAAGACGCACAUUCGGCUCGUUACUCGACUUCUAAUAAAGUGAAGUGAUUCUAAUGCUUUUCAAACAAGCGAUACGCGGUAGUAUGCGACCGUCACAGUAACAUCAAUUGGUAUCAGAGUGUUUUGUUUUGAAGAAUAGCGUCAGCUUCAAGAUGAGUGCUCCGAUAAUCAUCACGGUACCGAACAACUACCUGGCGGUGGAUGAGGACACAAAGGUGGUUCUGGAGCCGGCGUCGCCCGCCCCGUCGCGGAAGCGCCGGCUGGACCACCUUUCAUGGGAGGAGAAGAUGCAAAGAAAGAAGCUGAAGAAUCGUGUGGCGGCACAAACGUCCCGCGAUCGCAAGAAAGCCAAGAUGGACGAGAUGGAAACCAAGAUCCAGGAGUUGGCUGACAGGAAUGAGCGGCUGAUUAGUGAGGUGGAAAGCCUGAAGGCGCUGAACGAGCGUCUGUUGAGCGAGAACGCGGCGCUGCGCGCGGCGCGCAGUGUCUCGGGGGCCCGGGGACCGGCAGAGUCUACUCCUCGGCAGCAGGAGGGGCCCCCGACGGCACUGCGCGCGGCGCGCCUGCUGCUGGCGAUGUGUCUCCUCUCGCAGACCUCCUCCAGCACCUCGAGUCAGAAGAGUACCUGGACACCUUGCAACAGCUUGCCGACUCACUCAUCAAGGAAAUUGAUGCAGGCGGUGCAGGAGCGGCUCAAGAUGUCCCAGUGCGGGACACUGGAGAGCGCGCUGAAGGAGCUCAAGUGGUGGGGCCCGCAGCAGAGCACCUGGAACCCAGUGAAGAUGCAGUCAUAGACCUCAAGCACGACGUGCACAGGAUACUGACCCAGCACUCCUACGCGCACCCCUACACUGACGCGCCCGACACGGACACACACGACAAGGGAGACAUGUUCUACGCCAGUCUACAGGAGAACUGCGUCACCGUUGAAGU